AUGGAGCAAAUACACACGAGGGCACUCGAGGCCAUCCAACCAUUCAUUCACCUUGCAACUUCAACUACCUCUCCGUCACCCCGCUUCCUGGCAAACCUCAUUGCUAAUGCUAUAUCCGCGCCAAACACAUUCAUCUUCGCAGAGCUUUUAGAGACUCCAGCUAUACAGACCCUCAGGACACCCGACACGCCCGAAGAGCACCAGUCCUACCUGACAUUAUUGGAAAUAUUUGCUUGGGGAACAUGGCAGGAUUACCAAACAACUCCCGGCUUACCCGCUCUAAACAACGAUCAAGCCCAGAAAUUGCGGCUUCUUUCCCUCCUCUCACUUGCAAGGACGCACAAUCCCCUCACAUACUCCGCAGUUAUGGAAUCCCUCUCCCUCUCCUCCCACACCGAACUCGAAACUCUCAUCACAAAAGCCAUCCACUCCUCUCUAAUAUCCGCUCGCUUUUCCCCCACCACCGUCCCCCCCUUCAUCAGAGUCAACUCCGUCGCUCCCCUGCGCGACGUCCGCCCCGAAGCCCUAACCGCAAUGAUCUCAGUCCUCUCCGAGUGGCAGGACCGCUGCCGCAGCGUCAUUGGCGGAAUCGAAGCGGAAAUCGCAAAGAUACGAGCUGAUGCGGAGAAAAGGCAUUCACAGGCACAGGUCCGGGCUACCCGGCUAGAGCGCAGCCUCAAGGGCUGGGAUGGCGAUCGGGACGGAGACGCCGGGGGUGGGGAUGUCGGUGGCGCGGGCUCGAAGCGUGCUUUUCGCCCUUCGAAAGAUGGGUCGGGAAAGACUGGACGUAAGUUUGGAUUUGGGAGUGGAAAUAAACGCGAAUUCAAUGCUACAAGCAACUCUGGAUCCCGGCACAGUAACACUGAUGGGAUGGAUGUGGACAUGGAGGUUGAUGAGGGAAUUGAUGGUGAAGAUACUGGGAGGUUAAUUAGAGCGAAACGCAUGCUUGGGAUUAGUGGCAGACAAUAA